AUGGCGUCCGAUUUGACAACCGAGAUUUUGGACGCCCUGUCCGCUGCACUCGAUCGCCUGGAUUCCCGGCAGAUGGUCGAAUUCCAGGCCUUGGAGAAAGAAAUUGUUAGUCUCACUGCUGAGGGUGAAGAGAUUGCCGCCAAUGGCAGUCAUGAGGCCAAGGUCUUCGCCGCGGUGCUUGCUGCCAUGGAUGGAUUGAAGAUCGCCGAUUUGCCCGGGAUUGUGGGCAAAGAGAAUGCCAAAGUGGGCCAAGGAAAUGCCUUCAAACGUGGCUGGAUCAAGAAGGAUAAGGAUCUGCUGCGUGCAUCCACAGACUCAAUCGUCGAUGAGACACAACAGCAGCUACUUGCGAUUCAAAAAACAAAGGCCGCGGCCGAGGUGAAGGUCAUGCAAGACCUCAAGCGCAGAAAGUUGAUUACUUUGGCAAAGGAGAUCACUUACAAGUUCACCAAGGGCCCCAAGUACGCCCGGGAAAUGGUCAAGGAGGAGACCGACCUCACUCCCGAGAUGAUCGCCAGUGGCGCAUGGAAGACCGCGCAAUUCAAGCCUUACAACUUCAAUGCCAAGGGUGCUCCCACUCCUUCUGGUACUCUACACCCACUGAACAAGGUGCGACAAGAGUUCCGCAACAUCUUCUUCGAAAUGGGUUUCGAGGAGAUGCCUACCAACCGCUUCGUCGAGACCGGCUUCUGGAACUUCGACGCUCUGUUCGUGCCCCAGCAACAUCCUGCCCGUGAUUUGCAGGAUACCUUCUACAUCUCCGAUCCUCCUGUGGCUGACGGUCCCCGCGAGGAUCCCCCCAACGACCCCCACCGCCCAGUCAAGACCACGGCCGAGAAGCCCCUCGACUACCAACAGUACUGGGACAACGUCCGUGAGGUCCACGAGCACGGCAAGUUUGGCUCCAUUGGCUACCGCUACCCCUGGAGCGCAGAUGAGUGUCUUCGCCUGGUGCUCCGCACUCACACUACCUCCAUCUCGACCUAUAUGUUGCACAAGCUGGCAGCCAACCCCCGGCCGGCUCGCUUCUUCAGUAUCGACCGUGUCUUCCGAAAUGAGGCCGUCGAUGCUACCCACCUGGCAGAGUUCCACCAGGUCGAGGGUGUCAUUGCCGAUUUCGGUCUGACCCUGGGUGGUUUGAUUGGAUUCAUGGAGGUCUUCUUCGCCAAGAUGGGCAUUCACAAGCUGCGCUUCAAGCCCGCCUACAACCCUUACACUGAGCCCAGUAUGGAGAUCUUCGGUUACCACGAGGGUCUUGGUAAGUGGGUUGAGAUCGGUAACAGCGGUAUGUUCCGACCAGAGAUGCUGGAGUCGAUGGGUCUGCCCAAGAACAUGAGAGUCUACGGAUGGGGAUUGAGUCUGGAGAGACCCACUAUGAUUAAGUACGGUGUCAGCAACAUUCGUGAACUCCUCGGACACAAGGUCGACUUGAACUUCAUUGAGAACAACCCGGCCGUCCGUCUCGAGAAGGAUUAA